AUGAGUUUACUUCCAUCACUAAACAAAACUAAACCCCUUAACCACCUCUUACCAUUUUAAACACAAAAUCAUCAAUCACCACCAAACUUGAAUUAUAUAUCUUUCUUCUAUAUUUUAUAUACCUUUUGUUUUUCAUGUUUCAACCUUUGUAGCUUAGCUUCAUUCUUACCAUGUGUUCACAUUUCCGUUCAAAAUGCAGAGCACUAACCACCACCAUCUUCCUCCUUUUACCACUCAUCUCUUCUCUUUUCUUCACCUUUUCUACCGCAUGUUCUAACGGCAAUUGUCAGGUUCUGGAAACUUGUUCUGCUGCUACGGACUGUGGGUCGGGUCUCUUUUGCGGUAAUUGUCCUGCUUUGGGAUUGAACCAACCCAUCUGUACCAGAGGGCAGCCCAUACUUCCAACAUCCACUGUGAAUGGAUUGCCUUUCAAUAAGUACUCAUGGAUAGUGACUCACAAUGCCUUCAGCAUUGUUGAUUCGCCUCCUUUGCCGGGCAUUCAGAGACUGACAUUUUACAAUCAAGAAGAUAGUGUGACUAAUCAGUUGAGGAAUGGAGUGCGAGGACUAAUGUUGGAUAUGUACGACUUUCAAAAUGAUAUCUGGCUCUGUCAUUCGUUUCGAGGGCAAUGCUACAACUUCACUGCUUUUCAACCUGCAAUCAAUACUUUGAAAGAAGUGGAAGCAUUCUUGACGCAAAAUCCAACUGAGCUUGUUACCAUUAUAAUUGAAGACUAUGUGCAUACUCCAAAGGGGUUGACGAAUCUGUUCACAAGUGCUGGAUUGGAUAAGUAUUGGUUUCCUGUGUCCAAGAUGCCAAAAAAAGGAGACGACUGGCCUACUGUAACCGAGAUGGUUCAAGCGAAUCAUCGACUUAUUGUUUUCACUUCCGAUGCUUCGAAGGAAGCUCAAGAAGGAAUAGCUUAUCAAUGGAAGCACAUGGUGGAAAAUGAGUCUGGGGACCCUGGAGUUCAAAAGGGUGCUUGCCCACAUAGGAAAGAAUCGAAGGCAUUAAACUCUAAAGGAGCAUCACUUUUCUUGAUGAAUUACUUUCCAACGUACCCGGUUCAAGCUGACUCGUGCAAAGAGCAUUCCGCUCCACUUGCUGAGAUGGUGAAUACAUGCUAUAAAGCUGCAGGGAAUGUGGUUCCGAACUUCAUAGCUGUUAACUUUUACAUGAGAAGUGAUGGUGGCGGUGUUUUUGAUAUUGUGGAUAAAAUGAAUGGCCACUCAUUGUGUGGAUGUAGUACAGUUGCCGCUUGCCAGGCAGGUGCAACCUAUGGGUCUUGCAAGAAUAUUUCUGUUCCGGGUACAAGUCCAGCGAGCAGCACUGGUGGUAGUGGAAGCUUUACUGGAUCUGUUCAGUUCUCUAAAUCUGCUUCACCCGUUCGUUAUCCAAAUUCAUUGUUUGUUUUCUUGUUUUACUUUCUGCAUAUUGUAGUCUUGUUUAAAUUCUGAUCAUUAAACAUUAUCAUAUACCUUAUGCAAGCUAGUCUGUCAAGAAAUGUCUUUGCUUGCGCACUAAUAUAUUAAUUUAAGCCGUGCAAUUCAUGAAACUGUUGCUAGGUUAGAAAAUUAGAUGAGCUUCUGCUUAUGCUUAGGCUAUAUUCAUGAAUAUUUGAUGUAAAUUGUAAUCGAGAGAUCAAGAGUUUAUCUGGAGCUAUAAGAAGUUCAGGUAUGUUAUAUU